AUGGACAUUAACCCUAAACAGGUUUUUCAUCAAAUAUGGGAAUUUCUCUUCUUUACUGAAAAAAACCCCAUACAAAAUUCUUCUGUUAGGAUCAAAAUUCACUGGGAAAGACCUCCUCCAAACAAGAUUAAGCUUAACAUUGAUGGGGCAUUCUUGAAAGAUAAGUUCCAUGCAGGUAUAAGAGGAGUUUUUAGAAAUAGCUCUGGUAAUUGGAUCAUGGGCUUCACAAAAUCUUGUUACACUUACAGUUCCAUGCAUGCAGAACUAUUAGCUUUAGAAGAAGGCUUAAAAUUACCUAUGGAGAUGCCAUUUGUUGAUACAGAAAUUGAAUCAGACUGA